AUGGCUUCAACGGGGCCACAACAAUCAUCAUCUUCACUGAAGAGGCGUGAUUCAACUGUGACUAGAGAAUCAGAUUUACUCACCAUAACUCCAUUAGGCGCUGGAAGUGAAGUUGGAAGAUCAUGUGUAUUCAUGACUUUCAAAGGAAAAACUGUUAUGUUUGAUUGUGGAAUUCAUCCUGCAUUUUCGGGCAUGGCUGCUUUGCCUUACUUUGACGAAAUCGACCCUUCUACCAUUGAUGUUCUUCUCAUUACUCACUUUCACUUGGAUCAUGCUGCAUCCCUUCCAUAUUUUCUGGAAAAGACCACAUUUAAAGGAAGGGUCUUCAUGACUCAUGCAACAAAGGCUAUUUACAAGUUACUUCUAUCCGAUUAUGUAAAAGUGAGCAAAGUUUCAGUUGAAGACAUGUUAUUCGAUGAACAAGACAUCCUUCGUUCCAUGGAUAAAAUUGAGGUAAUCGACUUCCACCAAACCCUAGAAGUGAACGGAAUCCGUUUCUGGUGUUACACCGCCGGCCACGUCCUGGGUGCCGCCAUGUUCAUGGUGGACAUCGCCGGAGUCCGCGUCCUCUACACCGGCGACUACUCCCGCGAGGAAGACCGCCACCUCCGUGCCGCCGAACUCCCCCAAUUCUCCCCGGACAUCUGCAUCAUCGAAUCCACCUACGGUGUCCAACUCCACCAAUCCCGCCACAUCCGCGAGAAACGCUUCACCGAUGUCAUCCACACCACAAUCUCCCAAGGUGGGCGUGUGUUAAUUCCCGCUUUUGCCCUUGGCCGGGCCCAAGAACUCCUCUUAAUCCUCGACGAAUACUGGUCAAACCACCCGGAAUUACACAACGUCCCGAUAUAUUACGCGUCGCCCCUCGCCAAACGUUGCAUGGCGGUUUACCAAACUUAUAUAAACUCGAUGAACGAGAGGAUCCGGACACAGUUCGCGAAUUCAAACCCUUUUGAUUUUAAACAUAUUUCACCCUUGAAAAGUAUCGAGGAAUUCAACGAUGUGGGCCCGUCUGUGGUGAUGGCGAGCCCCGGGAGCUUACAGAGCGGGCUCUCGCGACAGUUGUUUGAUAAAUGGUGUGCGGAGAAGAAAAACGCGUGUGUGAUUCCGGGGUAUGUGGUGGAAGGGACAUUGGCUAAAAUGAUUAUAAAUGAACCGAAAGAGGUGACUUUGAUGAACGGGUUGACUGCGCCUUUGAAUAUGCAAGUUCAUUAUAUUUCGUUUUCGGCUCAUGCGGAUUGUGCGCAAACGACUACUUUUUUGGAGGAGUUGAUGCCUCCGAAUAUCAUUUUGGUUCAUGGGGAAGCGAAUGAGAUGGGGAGGUUGAAGCAAAAGCUUGUGAGUUUUUUUGUGGAUCGGAAUAUUAAGAUUUUUACACCGAAGAAUUGUCAGGCGGUUGAAAUGCAGUUUAAUUCGGAGAAAAUGGCGAAAACGAUUGGGCGGUUGGGGGAGAGGGAACCGGAAUCGGGGGAGAAUGUUAGCGGGGUGUUGGUGCGGAAAGGGUUUUCGUAUCAGAUAAUUGCGCCGGAUGAUUUACAUGUUUUUUCUCAGUUGUCGACCGCAAAUAUCACGCAACGGAUUACUAUUCCGUAUUCCGGUGCUUUUGGUGUGAUCAAGCAUCGGUUGAAGCAGAUUUACGAGAGUGUAUCGGAAUCAGUGAUUCCGACGGAAUCGGAAUCGGUGAUUCCGUCGGAAUCAGAAUUGGGGAUUCCGGUGUUGGUGGUUCAUGGGAAGGUGACGGUGAGGAGGGAAUCGGAGCGGCAUUUGGCGGUGGAGUGGGUGGCGGAUCCGAUAGGUGAUAUGGUGUCGGAUUCGGUGGUGGCGUUGGUGUUGAAUGCGGGGAGGGAGAUGGUGAAGGUGGUGGUGGAGGCGGAGGAGGUGGUGGAUGAGGUGGAGGAGGGGAAGAAGAGGGAGAAGAUUGUGCAUGCUUUGUUGUUGUCUUUGUUUGGGAAUGUCAAGUAUGGGGAUGAUGGGAGGUUGGUGGUUAGGGUUGAUGAGAAUGUGGCGUAUCUUGAUAAGAAGAAUGGGGAAGUUGAGAGUGAGAAUGAGGGGUUGAAGGAAAGAGUGAAGGUCGCCUUUAGGAGAAUUCAGACUGCAGUGAAACCGAUUCCGGUGUCGGAAUCGUAG